AUGGGAAGCGUGUGGUUGUAUUCGUUGGGAUCCACAUUGCUUAUAAGCGCUGCACCCUUCUUAAUUCUAUUUCUGAUACCUUUGGAUAACAGCGAAGCUAUGAGACCAAGACUUAAAAUAAUUUUAGCGUUUGCUUCGGGUGGUCUACUUGGAGACGCUUUUCUUCAUCUAAUUCCUCAUUCGACACACCCUCAUCACAAGCAUGAUAGUGAACAUCACUCUCAUAGUCAUGGAGAUGCUCAUGGACAUCACAGCCAUGAAGAUUUUCAUGGACCUCACAGUCAUGAAGGUUCUCAUGCACAUCACAACCAUGACAUUACAACGGGCUUAUGGGUACUCGCAGGAAUUAUCGCAUUUUUAACUGUGGAAAAAAUGGUUCGGCUGUUGAAACAAGGAUCGGGUCACAGUCAUAACCAUGGAAAAUCAGAAAAGACGAAGAUAACGAAUGUUACGCCAAAAGAAGAUGGAGUGGAAAUAUCAGGCUAUUUAAAUCUUGCUGCAGAUUUUGCUCAUAAUUUUACGGAUGGUCUUGCUAUUGGAGCUUCAUAUUUGGCUGGCAAUGAAAUUGGUUUAGUUACCACCAUAACUAUUCUUUUGCAUGAAGUUCCUCAUGAAAUUGGCGAUUACGCCAUUCUUAUUAAAUCUGGUUGUUCCAGGAAAAAGGCGAUAUGUCUCCAACUUUUAACAGCAUUAGGUGCUUUAAGUGGAAAUGCAUUGGCAUUAGUUGGCAUUGGCGAUGAAUCUGAUGCGGCACCCUGGGUGUUACCAUUCACAGCUGGUGGCUUCAUUUACAUUGCAGCUGUAAGCGUACUUCCAGAAUUGCUUGAAGAGACGACUAAGCUAUGGCAAUCAAUAAAGGAAAUUACUGCGUUAUUACUAGGGGUAGCGAUAAUGAUUUUUAUAGCAAAAUUUGAAUAA